CCGAGGAGCCCGCUUUCCCUGGCCCAGCCUGGAGCUUGCGGCCUGACUGGGUCAGUGCCGGUCCUCUCGCAGAGCCCAGGACAUCUGGGGCGGCGUAGCCACCAUGCCCAGUGAAACUCUCUGGGAAAUUGCAAAAGCUGAAGUGGAAAAAAGGAGAAGUCAUGGAAGUGAAGGGGAUGCAGCUGAAGUUGGAGAAAAAUCUGUUUUUUUCAUUGGCAGUAAAAAUGGGGGAAAGACUACUAUUAUUCUAAGGUGUCUUGACAGGGAUGAGCCAGCAAAGCCAACUUUAGCUUUGGAGUAUAUGUAUGGAAGAAGAACAAAGGGACACAACACACCAAAGGACAUUGCUCACUUUUGGGAACUGGGCGGAGGAACCUCUCUUUUGGACUUAAUCAGCAUACCCAUCACCAGUGAUACCUUAAGGACAUUUUCUAUUGUUCUUGUUUUGGAUCUUUCCAAACCUAAUGACCUUUGGCCCACCAUGGAAAAUCUGCUGCAAGCCACAAAAAGCCACGUAGACAAAGUGAUAAUGAAGCUGGGGAAGAUGAACUCCAAAGCCGCCUCCGAGAUGAGGCAGAGGAUGUGGAGCGCUAUGCAGAAGGACCAUCCGGAUCGUGAAUUAAUUGACCCAUUUCCGAUACCUCUGGUCAUAAUUGGAAGUAAAUAUGAUAUUUUUCAGGAUUUUGAUCCUGAGAAGAGAAAGGUGAUAUGCAAGACGCUUCGGUUUGUUGCACAUUAUUAUGGCGCCUCCCUGAUGUUUACAAGCAAAUCAGAAGCUCUGUUACUAAAAAUCCGUGGUGUUAUCAACCAACUGGCAUUUGGUAUUGAUAAGAGCAAAUCGAUGUGUGUGGAUCAGAAUAAACCACUGUUUAUCACAGCAGGAUUGGAUUCUUUAUGUCAAAUAGGGUCCCCUCCUGUUCCUGAUAGUGACAUUGGAAAGCUUCAGGCCCACUCACCAAUGGAGCUGUGGAAAAAGGUGUAUGAGAAGCUCUUCCCGCCAAAGAAUACCAGCACACUGAAGGUGAUCCAGGACCCUGCCCGAGAUCCACAGUAUGCGGAAAGUGAAGUUGAUGAGAUGAGAAUUCAGAAGGAUCAGGAACUAGAGCAGUACAAGAGAAGUUCUUCCAAGACUUGGAAACAAAUUGAGCUGGACUCUUGACCCUGAAUCACUAUUGUGGAUUUAUAUCUUCCUUACCAAGUUCAAGUAAGAUUAUUCUCUUACCUUCUGUGGCAACAUGUGAAGAAAGCUGAGGUGUAUAAUCUGUCAGGGGAAAUCUAUUUCUUGUUCUGGUACAAGUUUCUGAAUGUUCUGUAGUCUUUUAGAAAGAAAAUAUUCGCUAUAUGUAAUUCUUUUGAAAAUAAAAUAAUUUUCUAUCACCUA